AUGAGACACCUGGGUCAGAAGCCCAAACCACCUCACCUGACUCCAUUCCAUGGGGCAGCAGCGCUCACCUGCUUGGUUUCCGUUGCUGGUUUCCCUGGCAACAGGCGGAGUAGACAAACAACAUCCGACCGGCCUGCUUCAUCACCGCCACCCUCAUCAUCACCGCCAUCCUCAUCAUCACCGUCACCCUCAUCAUCACCGUCUGCGGGAAUAAAGCGAGGAAGAUCCGCAGCUUUGCUUCCGGCCAUGGAGAACCCGCCGACAGCGGAGCCGCGCUACCUGAAGAGGAGGAUGAAGAGAUGCUCCCUGGACGUGCAUCCCACCGAGCCGGCGCUGCUGGUCCAGUAUGAGGUGGAGGCAGCCGUCCUGGGAGAGCUGGGGGAACCGAUGGUGGACGAGAGCAAGCAGUGUCAGAAAAUCGUGAGGCUGAGGAGCCUGAACACCAACACGGACGCCUCCUCUCUGGCCCAGAAGGUGGUGGAGGAAUGUCCGCUGAUCCACUCGUCUAAGCUCCCCCAGGUGGAGCAGCUGAUCUUCUACCUGCAGAACCGCAAACAGUCCCACGAGAACCAGCCGGAGAGCAGAACCUCGCCUCGGGACUUCACGCCGUACGCAGGAGUGGAGCCGUACGAGGAGGCGAGCAUGGGCAGCAUGGAGGAGUACGUGGAGCUGCUGUACGAAGACGUGCAGGAGAAGGUCCGAGGCGCCGCGCUCAUCUUCCAGCUGGCCCAGAACCCGGACAACCUGGAGGAGCUCAUGCAGCACGAGGUGGCGCUCGGAGCCCUGGCCCGGGUGCUGAGAGAGGACUGGAAGCAGAGCGUGGACCUGGCGACCACCAUCAUCUACAUCUUCUUCUGUUUCUCCAGUUUCUCCCAGUUCCACAGCCUGGUGACCCACUUCAAGGUGGGCGCUCUCUGUAUGAACAUCGUUGAGCAGGAGCUGAAGAGGUUUGAACUCUGGCAGGAAGAGCUGCAGAAGAAGAAGAAGGCCUGCGAGGAGUUCCCCGAGAACCAAAGCCUGAAGAAAGAACACGAGAAGACCUUCAGGAAGUACCAGAGCCUCCUGACCAAGCAGGAGCAUCUCCUCAGAGUCGCUCUGUGUCUGCUGCUGAAUCUGGCCGAGGACAGCCACACCGAGCUGAAGAUGAGGAACAAGAACAUCGUCCACAUGCUGGUGAAGCUUCUGGAGCGGGAGGACCAGGAGCUGCUGCUGGUGGUCGUCUCCUUCCUCAAGAAGCUCUCCAUCUACGUAGAGAACAAGAACGACAUGGUUGAGACGGCCGUCGUGGAGAAGCUGGCCCGGCUGCUUCCCUGCAGCCACCAGGAGCUCCUGACCGCCGCCUCCCGGCUCCUCCUCAACUUGUCCUUCGACGCGUCGCUGCGCGGCCAGAUGGUCCAGGCCGGCCUCAUCCCCAAACUCUCCUCGCUGCUCGCUGACGAGGCCCAGAGGCAGCGCAGCAUGUGCGUCCUGUACCACAUCAGCAUGGACCACACGUCCAGAACCGUGUUUGCUCACGCCGGCUGCAUACCGCAGCUGAUGAAGAUGAUGUCUGACUGCGGCGAGGAGCAGCUGGACAUGGAGCUCAUCUCUCUCUGCAUCAACCUGGCUGCCAGCAGGAGCAACGCUCAGAUCUUCUGUGAAGGGAACGGUCUGAAGAUGCUGAUGAAGAGGGCUUUUAAGCUGAAGGACAUUCUGGUGAUGAAGAUGAUCAGGAAUCUCUCCCAGCAUGGCGGCGCCACUAAGAUCCUGUUCCUGGACUACGUGGGAGACCUGGCGGCUCACAUCAACGAAGGAGAAGAUGAAGGGUUUGUGAUCGAGUGCCUGGGAACCCUGGCCAACCUGACCAUCCCCGACCUGGACUGGCAGCUGGUGCUGACGGAGUUCAACCUGAUGCCGUACCUGAAGGACCGACUCAAACCAGGUUCUGCUGAGGACGACCUGAUCCUGGAGGUGGUGAUUCUGAUCGGAACCGUCUCCAUGGACGAUUCUUGUGCCGCCAUGCUGGCCGAGUCCGACAUCAUCCCUGCUCUCAUGGUUCUGCUCACCGUCCAGCAGCAGGACGAUGAGUUCGUGUGCCAGAUCCUCUACGUCUUCUACCAGAUGGUUUUCCACAAAGCUACGAGGGACAUCAUCAUCAGAGACAGCGAAGCUUCGGACUACUUCGUGGACCUGCUGCAUGACAGCAACGCAUCCAUCAGAAAAGUCUGCUCCAACACCCUGGACAUCAUAGCUGAGUACGAUGAGGAGUGGGCCAAGAAGAUCCAGACGGCAAAGUUCUGCCACCACAACAGCCAGUGGCUGGAGAUGGUGGAGAACCGGCAGGUGGACGACGCAGAACCCUACCUGUACGGAGACGACCGCGAGGCCUUCGACAGGAUCGGGGACAUCCUGGACCGUCCGGACCUCUUCUACACGGCCGAUGGUAUUCUCUCUGCGGACGGCUCCAUCAGCCCGGAGUACUACGCUGACUUCCAGAACGCCGACCUGGGAGUGGCCGGAUACCUGAGCAGCUCCUGGGACCAGUUCAACCCCUCUGCUCCGGUUCUGGCAGAUCGGCCCGUCAGCGCCCGGACCUUCCGACCCGCUAAGCGAUUCUUCCACAGCUUCACCCCCGCCUUCCGGUAAACCCGGAAACUCCUCCUGGUCUCGGACUCUGCGCCUCCAUCCCGACGUGGACCUGCAGGAAUAUUGUUCUGAUGACUUUCUGGGUUUCUCUAUCGUUUCUCUGCAUCAAAUGACGGCAUUAGCCUCGUUAGCGCCUUUAGCCUCAUUAGCCUCGUUAGCGCCUUUAUCCUCGUUAGCGCCAUUAGCCUUGUUAGCACCUUUAGCCUCAUUAGCCUCGUUAGCUCUGUUAGCUCCUUAGCCUCGUUAGCGCCUUUAUCCUCGUUAGCGCCAUUAGCCGUGUUAGCACCUUUAGCCUCAUUAGCCUCGUUAGCUCUGUUAGCUCCUUAGCCUCGUUAGCUCCUUUAGCCUCGUUAGCGCCUUUAGCCUAGUUAGCCUCAUUAGCAUCAUUAGCUCCUUUAGCCUCGUUAGCGCCUUUAGCCUAGUUAGCCUCAUUAGCAUCAUUAGCUCCUUUAGCCUAGUUAGCCCCUUUAGCCUCAUUAGCACCGUUAGCUGCAUUAGCGCCCUUUUAACCUUGAAAGCACUGAAAUAUUUGAAAAGUUCUUCCGAGACGAGGCUCGGUAAACUUUUCUCUCCUGAAUUGCAGAACCUCUGCAGAACCUCUGCUCCUGUUUGGGCCCAUUUCUGUUCUGUUCAGCAGCACCAGGGUUCUCCUCAAAAUAAAAGCUAUAUAAACUUUGUGUUAAGUACAUUUAAAGAACCCCGUGUUAAAAUUCCGUUUUCAUGACGGAUCCUCCACGGUUCCAGCUUUAAGGUAGACUUUAUUGAUCUCAGCAGAGAAAUUCAGCUUUAAACCUUUUCAUCUUCAGACUCUGAAUGUGGGAACGUGUCGGCAUGUAGCUUAGCUUAGCAGCCAUCUUAACUAACAGCUGCUUGGAGGUUCUACUGUCUUUCCCAUGUUGACACCAGGCUUGGCGUUCGUCGUGGAUAACUCGGUGUCGUUAGGUCAGAUAACGAGGUCCAAACGAGGAGCUGGAGCCGUUUUAAAUGAAAACUCCUUUUUUUAGUCCUGAUUAGUGCUGGAGUUCCGCAGCAGAACCGGGGGAACCUUUACAUUUAACGUUCACUGAGGUGCAUCGUCAGCAGAAUCAGAACCUGAAGUACGUCUGGUCCAAUGAGUUCUGACACCUGUUGAGAACCCGGUUCCUGUGUUUGCCUCUAAUGUGGUUCUGCACGGUUCUUCUGAGCACCAGACGUCUGGGAGUGAAUCCCAAACUUUACUGAAGUUUGGUUUCAUUUCAGCGUUCGCUCGGCCGGACCCAGAUCUGCACGUCUCAGACUGUGAGGACAAAUGUUCCACAGAAAGUUCUGAACCUUUUUCUACUGGUCCGGUUAUUAUUUUAGCCGAUGACUUUGGGUCAGAACUGGCUGGUGUUGGAAACUCAUGAAACCUGCAGCAGUGUGAGCCCACAUCACUAAGCAGCCGCCGCCGUGCCUCGCUUAGUGAUGCGUGGCGCUGACAUGGAGAACCGGAGCGGUUCUGGUGUCCGCAGCUCCUCCAGCCUCCCUGACCCGGUUCACGUCCCGCCUCCUCUCUGGUCAGGAGGUGCAGCUUUCUCCUCGUCUGGCUCCCUAUGCCUGCUAAUGCGAACCAUUUCAGACCUUUUCUGAUUCCAUCUCUUACCUUCUGACGACCGGCAGGCUGGUUCCAGCGCCGGUCCGACUGCAGCGGAGCCAUUUUUAGGCUCAGAGGUACGGAGUGAGUGAGGUUAGGGUUAAAUCAUUUCUGUUAAGCUUCCUAAAAUAGAGUAAAUUAGGCAGAGACAGGAAGUUGUGAUGGCGGGUGUGAAGUGAAGGAAAGUAGCUUUAAUGGAGUCACAGAUGGAGGGUGUGAAUACUUCUGCAGCUUUUUUACAUCUUUCCCCGACAGAUUUAGGCUGAUUUUGGUUUUAUUCCACAGGAUAAAUACAACAGAAUCAUAAUUCACCACCACGUCCCCUUUAGCGCCACAAACACACCAACUUCUCUGGAAUAAACACGUCUGACCGUUAAAGAUUUGCUCGUUAGUAACGAUAAGAGCCGGGAGGCCGGCUGGGUGCUGAGGUCCAGGUCCACAUCUGACCCGACCAGAACCAGAGCUGCUCAUCCCGUCCAGCCGCCACUGAGCGUCUGAGACGAUGGAGCGAGAGUUCAGCCGCAGAAUCACGCUUUCAUGCUCCUUAUGGAGCCGUUUGGUGCAAACAGCUUCUAGAACUUUCCUGAUUAAUUCAGAGCUUCAGAUUUAAACGUUGCAGAUCCGUCAGACGGGUGGAUGCGCAGGAACAGGUGGACCUGCUGGUACAGAACCGUUCCUGUAUGAGGAAAGCGGUGAAAAGGCCCAUUUUGCUGCUGGUUGGAGCUAAACUGCAUCGUUUCUACGGCGCCGUCGCCUCUUUUCACG